AACCUGUGAAGGCGGAACCUUUGUCGGGGUUCUGUGUUUCACACGGAGGUUUCCGGGGGCCGUUGCCGGUGGAGCGGGGCGGAAGUGCUGGGUGUGUGGCGGCGGCCCCUCUGCCGAGGCCCGGGCCCGCGGGAAGAUGCUGCUGGUUCUGUCGGAGGAGCACAGGGAGCACCUGGGCUUCCUGACGCGGGUGGACGCUGCCGUUGUAGGAGAAUUCUGUCGAAUUGCUGUGGAAUUUUUGAAGAAAGGCUCAAAUCCCAAAAUAUUUGAAGGAGCGGCAAGGAAGCUGAAUGUGAGUACUGAAACAGUGCAACAUGGAGUGGAGGGACUGAUGUAUCUGAUGACGGAAAGCUCCAAAAUGAUGAUUUCUGAAGUGGAUUUCCAGGACUCUGUGCUUGUCUUGGGGUUUUCUGAAGAUCUCAACAAGUUGCUGCUUCAGCUAUACCUGGACAACAGGAGAGAGAUUCGGCACAUUCUGAGUGAACUGGCUCCCGACCUCCCUCAUUACCACAACUUAGAAUGGAGACUCGAUGUACAGUUAGCCAGUCGUGCUUUGAGGCAACAGAUCAAACCACUUCUGACCCUGAAACUGCACCUUGAACAGAAUGGUUGUCAGAAUGCCAGUGUAUUUCAGACUGACCCUGCAACCCUGCUGCACCUCAUUCGCAAGCUGGAGCAAGCACUGAGUGAAAUGAAGACAAACCACUGUAGGAGGAUUGUGCGCAAUAUAAAAUGAGAUGAUCAGCGAUUGGCAUUCCUUGUGCCAAAUUGAGGUGGCCGAGUGAAAUCGGGAAACUUGCUAAUUUGUGUACUGGAUCUUUAUAAUUGGAAGCACUUUGUAGAAUGACAGUGGUUUUACUCUUGGUAUUUAUUGAAAUGUUUCAACACAGGAAGCUACCCAUCAGUAAAAUGUGUAAGAGUAUUAUUAGCUGGAGUUGUCACAAUGCUCUCCAUAAAGUGCUUUAUAUUGAUUGCUAUUCACUGUUAAGAUCUGCACUCUGGCUGGUCACACACUAGUGUUCUUUUUUGGCCAGAUAAAUAUUGCCUUGGGUAGAAAGAAAAGGUUGGGAGGGGGGAAGAAGAAGAAGUAGGGAUCAGUAGCAGAAGAAUGAUGUGCAGAGAGGACUGAAAUAAUCAUAAAAGACAGCUAAACUUAAUCAGCACGGGGGGUGGGGGUGAAAUAAUAGAUGUUGGAUGGGGACGGAAAGAAGGUAUUGGAACCAUUGCUUCCUGGAUAAUACGUACUGCCUUUCUACCUCUGGAGGUUGAGCUUUAACCAGUGACAGCCUGACAGGAUGCAAGUCCCUCCUCUGUGUGGAGGCUGCCAUGCUCUUGCAUGCAAUGAAUUUGGGCUUUAUCUGUCCACUUGAUAACUCACAGCACAAGGUUCUUCACAAAAAAGGCACUAAAUUGGCAGCCUUGCCUAGCACAGAAAGGGAGCUUGACGUCAGAGGUUAGUGUGAGGCCAUUUACUGGAAUGGCGUUGGGAAAGCUGUACUCUGGUUGGCAUUUGACAGGAAGCAUGCUGGAUUUGCUGUCAUUGAGGCUUAUUACUUUGUCUAGGAUUAGAAGAUGGGGAAGAAAACAAUCCCAAGUAUAAAUCUAUGAACUUUAUAUUGCUUGACCAUUUAGAAAGACCAUCCUUUUUAUAUUUUUGAGAAUUUUGAAGCUCCUUGUCAGUGCAUUUAAUAUUAAUAUUUUUUCCAAUUGUGGUUCUUUUGUGACAAUCAUUGCUGGUGGCUGUUAGAUCAAAGUCGUAAGCUAAAAGUUUAUUCAUAACUGCCAUAUCUAACUUGUAGGAGUCCAGUGUUGAUUUAAUUUAACUUGGGGUGUGAGUCUUGCUUUAUCCAUAGAAGACUAAAGAAUGCUUUGUAAAUCAGAUGCAGUGUUUACUGACUGUUAGUAACAGUUAAUUCAGAGUAUUAGUACUAUUGAAAUAAAAAAAUAAUUUCAGUGCAAUAUAGUGUAGAUAAAAGUACUUUGCCUCUGGGAGGGAUGUCAGCUGCCUGUUGAAGCUGAUUGAACUAUUUGGUUUCAUCAUUGUAACAUGAAAGUUUGCAUUGCCUGCUGUCUGCUCUUUCUUUUACCUUCUGUUGCAAAGUCCCUUCUGUCCCUCUAACUUCUCCUUUGACAUGAGCGUUUUGUUAGCUUGGGUAACUGGGAAUAGCUGUCGAACCUUGGUAAUGUCUCUGCCAGUCACGUUCCAUUGCAUGAGUGGAAAGGAAACAGAGCCAGCCACAUGACUGGCAUCUUCACAUCACUCUUAGAGACGUCAAUAUUAAAGUGAACAUUUUGAUGUAAUGACAAUGUUUGGGGAAACUUAAUAGGAAAAGUGAAUAGUAUCUGUAGAUAUACAAAGGGGUAGUAAUACGCAUUCAUUUCUCCCUGGCAUCUCUUCUGUUUUCCUUUUACAUGAUUGAAAUCAGAUUGAAAAUGAAGCCUUUUUGGGUAGAAUGGCCUUUCGCUGAAUAGGGAGUGCUGUUCAUGUUUUUUCAUUACCUGUUCAUAUGCCAUAGAUGAGCUCCAUUCUAAAAUGGUUGUUUUCAAAUUGCUGAAUAGCAGCUGUAAAGCAUUAAAGUGGAAAAAUGAAGGAUACUGAGAAUUGCGCUUGCCUACAAUCUCUAAAAUUUGUACUAAUGAAACUAUUCAGGCAUCUGUACAUUCCCUUUUGAGUAUUUAAAAUUAAUUCUAACCAGCAAAAUCUAAAAUGGUGAUUGAGUUACUGGGGAAUUUCACUCUAACAUGUAUAUUUGGUCAGAUAUGCUUUCUUUUUAACCUUUUUCUAACAUUUUUCCCUACUGCUCAAAUUAUUUCAUUUUCCUAACUUUAAAGCUGGUUUUGUACUGUGAUUAAUUUGAUGCAAGCCUAUGAACUGUGAUUUUUAUUAUCACUGUUUAGUCCAAAAUAACUGGAACCAGAUUUAUGAAAUGUUAUUGAGAAAGUCAAUAUUUGUACCCGAUAUAACAGUACUGCCAAACAAGCAUUUGUGCCAAAAUGUUAUGCAGUAUGAAACAUUGUGGUUCUGUUUGUACUUGAUUCUUAAUUCGUCACUCUGGUGCCUAAAAUGUUAUAAAAUGCUUCUGGAUUGUUUACUUUUGAAUUUCCCUCCUAUAUUUUAGUAAACACACCAGAUAUUGUGAUGACUACCAUUUAGUUACUAAGCUAAACUUAAUACACAUUGUGCCUGCACUUUGUUGUACCAUAAUGUACUGUACUUUGAAAUUAAUUGCUGGAGCAGAUCUAGUGAAAUCUGCCUUGGAGACCACCAUGGUUUCACAGUGUGUCUGAAAAUACAUGGAUCUUAGAAAUGCUUAUGUUAUAUACUGUUAGAAUUAAUUCUCAUUUUAAAUAUUUAGACAUGAUAUACAGAAUUUUGUUUCAAUGUUCUGAGCCAUAUUUUGAAGGCUGGCUUGCAUGCUUCUCUAAGGUUCUUCAAAACUUAAGUUAAACUAACAGUUCACCAGUACAAUAGUUGAACAAAGCUUUCUUUGACAGAACCUGUCGUCACCUAGCAUUUGUUUUCCACGAUUGCUAGGAAUAGGAAAGAGCUCUAGAAUUACGGAAACCAUUUGAGGAAGGAUCUCCUAUGAAGGAAUUAUAAAUUUAUUUGUAGCAGUUGGCAAACCCCUUUGUGCAAUGUGUGGACCAUUUCAAAGCUGACAAACCUUGGUUCCAGGUUUUUACUGCAUUCUGAUUUCUAUUGUGUAAACGAUUAAGCAUCCAAUAUGAAUGGCUAUUCUGUUAAGUAUUCCUUAAAAGAUGCUGAGGAUAAUAAGUGUGUGUCAGUUUGGGGAGGACAGGUACAAUUGGCAGCAGCGGAUCAAGGCUGAUGCGAAAGAUUACUUGUCUGCAGGAUCAAGUGUGAUUGAGUUGAAUUUAAUUCUUUGCCUUUUUCAGGUUGACUGAAAAUGACUGUUUAAUAGGUGCAGGUUUAAGAUAUUAAAAGCAAUCUGGGUAUAGCAAUCUUGAGCUGAUUGGAGCUUUGCUUAUGAGAACAAGUAAUUAAAUGCAAUUUUUGUUUGACUUU